AUGGCUAUGCGCCAUCUGAGGCGCCCGUCUGUCGAACGCACGCUCUGGGUCGACGCGCUAUGCAUCAACCAACGUGACCCCGUGGAGCGCAGCCAACAGGUCCGCCUGAUGAGAGACAUCUACGCCCGUUGCACUGUUGAUCUUGCCUGGAUGCUGACGGCACAAAACGUGUCAAGGCUUCCGGCACGGAUUGCUGAACUCCACAGAGCCUUUGAGCUAAUGAAGAGAAUCAGUUUCAAGGAUACCGAGACCUUGGCCAAGAUGCGCGAUGGGCCAUCGCAUGCACACAGUCGGAACACUGUGCCUGGGGCUUUCCUGCUCGGUGUUGAGGAACAAGAAGCACUCAUCGCGGCUUUUGGCUACACGGACAUCUGGUACCGCAUCUGGACCAUGCAUGAACUUGCGUAUGCGCCACAGGUGAGGUUGGUGGCGGGUCCUCAUGAGCUAGACUGGGCUGUGGUGGCCACAUUCCUCGGGGACAGACCCUACGCCGACGCGUUCCAUGCGGCCUUCGGCCAUCGUGGCGGUGGCAGGGCUCUUGAUCUUUUCUUUUCGGGAUCUGUGAGGGUGCACGAUCAACGGCGAGCUCUUUGGGACGGAAACUACAGGUCAACUCUCCUGGAUGUCCUCGCCCGGUUCCAGCAAAAUGGGGCUACUGACCCGAGAGACUGCGUGUACGGCAUCCUGGGCUUAGUGACAGACCAGCACGGCAUUGUCGUUGACUACACUAAAUCAGCUACGCAAGUCUUCGUGGAUACAGCGGUCUCACUCAUCAAGGCCUCGCAAAACCUUGAUGUCCUCUGUCAGACGGCCUGGAUGGCUCGUUCUCGCUCCGAAAGUCCGCACGAGCUACCAAGCUGGGUGCCUGACUUCUCUGCCCGCGUCUACUCUGACGCACACGGGGCAAUUCUUUUCGCCCAGCGCGGCAUUUAUGCAGCUGGUCGGGCAUGUCUCAAAGCUCGAUGUCGUCCCAUCAACCACCAAUUCUUGCCCGUCAAGGCAGUGGUCCUCGGUUGCUUGCGCGGUGACUACAUCACGCAAUCCAGUCGUUACACCUUAAAUUCGGUCGAAAAAUGUCGCAAGUGGCUGGUAGAUGGGUCUUCCAGCAUCAAAAACCGAGUAUGGCCCUUAUUUGGGGCGCCGUUCGAGUGGCUUGAGACGUCUGGACUCGGAGUCGACAUAUUGGACGGUGAGAUACCAUAUAGAAGAACUGGAGAAGCUGCAAUCCGAGCAUAUUGGCGCACGCUGGUCAUGGAUUGCGGUGCCUAUCCUAUCGAACGACUCGCAGAGCAAGACAAACUGCAAACUGAUGUUGCUUUCAAAAGCAUCCUUGAAUUUUUAAACGACAAGCUCAGAGCUUCAGCAUCGGGGGAAGCUCGCGGAAGACCUAUGGAUACAAAAGAUCCUCGCAAGCACUUCACAUGGAGUGGAGACGAUGAGGUGUCCAAUGAGACUUUGACUAGCCUCUGGGAAAGUAUGCCGAAAACGGUAUCGACGAUGUGGUGUCGGAAUUAUCAGAACUGGAUGUUCUCGGUGACGAAUAAUGGCCUGUACAUAAUGGUUCGAGAUGCAAUGGCUGGAGAUACGAUAGUUUCCGUCGAAGGAGCCAAGGUGCCGUUGAUAUUGCGCAAACUAGGAAGUCACGAUGGCGUCAAAACAUACAGCCUUGUAGGGACAGCCUAUGUGCACGGAUUCAUGGAUGGGGAGGCAUUGAACUUGGUGGAAGAAGGGGCUUUGCACGAGGAGGAAAUUCUUUUGCGGUGA